AUGCUGCAGUGCAGACACGCGCAGGAGUUCAGCUUCGGGCCCCGCGCGCUGAAGGACGCGCUCAUCUCCACCGACCCCGCGCUGCAGGAGCUCUACGCCAAGGCCUUCUCCAGGGCGGAGAAGCUGUUCCUGUCCGAGGCCUACAACCCCCAGCGCACGCUGUUCUGCACGCUGCUCAUCCGCACGGCCUUCGACUGGCUGCUCAGCCACCCCGAUGCCCCCGAGGACUUCGAGACCUUCUACCACGCCAUGCUGAGGAGGAAGCAGAACUUCUGUCGAAAGCACAUUUACCUGCAGCCGAUAGAUUUGAUUGAAGGGCCCGCCGGGCUCUCGCUGCUGGAUUCCCUCCAGAGCUGUGUGGAGUCUUUCUUCCUGGGUCUGCGUGUGAAGUGCCUUCCCUCCAUCCCCGUCUCCUCCAUCCACUGCUGCUUCCGCCACAGCCGCGACUCGGACAGGGUGCAGCUCCACGCAGAUGGGAUCCUGAAUUUCCUGAAGAACAACAAGCCCAUGGAUGCCCUGUGUGUCCUUGGACUUACCCUGCUGGACCUUUACCCAUGUGAGACCUGGAGCUUCACAUUCAGCAAAUUCCUGCCAGGACAAGAAGUGGGAGUCUGCAGCUUUGCCAGGUUUUCUGGGGAUUUCCCCCAGGCUGGCUGUAGCAGCUUGAACCCACCCACGCAGAAGGAGGAGCCGUGUGAAGGCAGCAAGGAGGGCAGAGACCGCACCUUGCAGCUCAGUGCCCAGGAGAUGGUGCAGUGCUGUAAGGUGACCUGCCACGAGAUCUGCCAGCUGAUGGGGCUGGGGACGUGCCGCUGGCUGCAGUGCAUCAUGCAGGGAGCGCUGAGCCUGGACGAGGCGCUGCUGCGGCCCCUGGAGCCCUGCCCCAUCUGCCUGCGGAAGCUGCAGCACGUCGUGGGCUUCAAACUCAUCGAGCGCUACAGGAAGCUCUACGCUUGGACACAGACCGUGCUGUCCACGUGGCCAAGGCAGGAGUCAGCGGAGCUGUCAGCCUCAGAGGACAUCCUCCCGUUCAGCUCCGACUCGGGGAUGUGCUGCGAGAACGACUCGGAGGCCGUGACCUCGCUGUCCGAGCCGCUGAGCCCCGACACCUGCAGCCAGGGCCCGUCCCUGGGGCCGGAGCUGGAGCAGGACGAGCAGCCCAGCUCGCUGCCCGGGGCACAGAGCCAGCCCCGCCUCCCCGGGCACACCAAGGCCACCGACACCAUCAGGGAUUACGAGCUGUGGCUGGAGACGUGCAUCGCUGCCCUGGAGAGGAACGUGUCUGAGGAGGAACUGGCGCAGGUGGACAGGAGCGUGGACGCCCUGGCUAAGUGGGAAAUGUUUACGGGCCAGCUGCCCGCCGUGAGGAAGGACCUGCCCUUUGCUAGGGACAGCACCGGGCUACGCAAAGUUCUCGGAGACAAAUUUUCCUCCUUGCGGAGGAAGCUGAGUUCCAGAAAACUGUCCAAAGGGGAAUCAUCCCCUCAUCGCUGGCGGUGGGAGGACAAUUAGCUGGGGCUGCCUUGUCACUGCCCGGCUUCCAGCCGUCCUCACCCCAAGCUGUUGUUGUCUCAGAGGAACAGCAGCUCCC